UUCUCUGGCAUCCGACGCGCAGGUAUUAAUUCACGCAACGACGCCGCGCCUGCACCGGGGCAAAGAAGGAGCCCGGGGCAGGGAGAGACACACGGUCCUUUUUUGGGCUGGGCCCCUCCCAAGAUGGCCGGCCCCCACUUCCGGUGGGGCUUGAGUCCGAUUUCCUCCCUCAAUGCCUAGUGAGAGCACGAAAGGCUGGACGCUCUAGGAGCGCGGCUCGGUCUCCAUAGCCAGGCGGAGGCUCCCCAGCCGUCACUUCCGGCCUGCAGGUGUGCCUCGCCAGGCAUGGCAUUGCUGUCCACCGUCCACCUGGGCCUUCCCCCUCCCGGCUGCCCGCAUCGCCUGGCUCUCGUCUCCGGGCCCUACGACUACUACCACUACGGCUGUGAGGGGGUGGACGACAGAGGGUGGGGCUGCGGCUACCGUACCCUCCAGAUGAUGUGCUCCUGGCUGGUGGCAGCCAGGGGAGAAGCAGUUGCCCACCACCCGGUUCCUUCCCUGAAGGAGAUCCAGGAUUCCCUGGUGAAGAUGGGAGACAAGCCCCCCUCAUUCUCAGGCUCGCGGGACUGGAUCGGCACUGUGGAAGCCGCUCUCUGUAUGGAUUAUUUCUACGAUGUGCCGGGCAAACUGCUCCACGUCCGCCUUGGCCGAGAUCUGGAAGGGGAGCUGGAGACGUUGUAUGCCCACUUCCAGGGAGGCAGGGGGCCCGUGAUGAUGGGGGGAGGCCGGGACCAUGCCUCCAAGGGGUUGCUGGGGGUCUCCUCUGGCUCCGAGGGACACCACCUGCUCGUUCUGGAUCCGCACUUCUACGGCAGAGCAGGCUCGCUCAGCCGGCAGGAAGCCCAGGCGAAGAGGUGGGUUUCCUGGCGGGCGCUCAGCUCCUUUGAGGAGACCUCCUUCUACAACCUGUGUUUGCCCCAGUUCAAGGCCAAAGCCCCCCCCUUCCACUUCGUGUGAAAGAGGCAUGGCACACGUAGGAGCCGUUCAUUCCCGGCGGUUUUUAGCCCGGCAGUCCUAAGGGAUUGGCUGUGGACGGGCGUCAUGUCCUUGGCACAUGCUGGGGGCCUCAACACGGAAGGAAAGCCCUGGGCUGCAGCUCCUGCAUCAACCAGCAUGGGGUCCCCUUCAGGGUUGCUUCCCUGACUGCUCCCGGCAGCUUCAAGGCCGAGAAAGGCAGCCAAGUUCUGGAGCUGCUGCUAGGUCUGGUUGACUUCCUGUUUCUGGAUUGGCAGAUGAUUGUUGCUGGGGCUGGGUUGAACCCAUCCUUCCCUCCCUGGCCGGCACAACAAACCAGCUCUAUUAAAGGCCGGACGACGAAAA